AUGCCGUUGAAAGUGGAUCCAAAUGCCCCCGAAUCCGACGACAAGCUGGAUGAAAUUAUACAGCAGAUCAAGGCAAACCACAUGGUGGUGGGAAAUAUGCCGAACUUAAUACCAGGAAGCAAUUUUAGCACGUACGAUGUUCGUCUCAAAAUAUUUUUUAAGAUCAACAGAAUUUCGACUGAGGAUCAAGUAGGAAUGCUGCUGACGUUGCUGAGUGACGAAGUAGUGGAAAAACUUAUGCAGCUGGUUCCAUCUAAUGCAAAACCUGAGGAGAUGUCACUCGAUGAUCUUUUGGAAUGCUUACGAAAACAUUACUCUCCUACAGGAAACGUCAUAGCAGAGCGUUUCAAAUUUUAUAACCUCAAACAAACACAUGGAGAAAAAAUAUCCGAUUUCGUAGUGAGGUUAAAAUUUUCCUCUCAAAGGUGUGAAUUUCCCAAUGUGAUCUUGGACGAAAUGCUUCCCGAUAUUUUCAUUGUCGGUUUGACAAAUAAUGGGUGGCAACAGAAAUUGAUUGAGAUAGGAAAGACGCUUAAAUUUGACGAUGCGGUCAAUAAGUCUCUCAAUUUCGAACUGACAGAAUCAGAAACGCGAGCAAUAAAUACCUCAGCAUCAAUAAAUCAGUUCCACCACUGGCAGAAGAUGAACAACGAAAGCCCCAAUUACAGUCGAUAUCGUCAAAACAGUCGCAGUCGCAAGCCAAUUGUCAGUCAGCAAAGAUCGCACUCAAAAUGUCGCAAGUCUACAAAUUCAUCGAAAGAAGAGUGUCAGAGGUGCGAUCGAAGUCACCACAAAAGUAAAUGUCCCGCAGUUAACUGGACCUGUUAUCGUUGUAAAAAACGUGGCCACAUUGUGUCCAAAUGUCGAGCUAAAAAAGUCGUCUACUUUGUCGAUGAUGCUGGAGCAGAGUCGUCUGAUGGAGGAAGUUCAGAAGCUAAUACGAACGUCGAUCUCUAUGAAGGUCUUUAUUGGUACUCCAAUGUCAACAAAAUAAAUGCUCCUUUAUUUCUUGAUGUCAUGAUUGCGGAUAAGUCUAUAAAAAUGGAAGUGGAUUGCGGUGCAUGUACGAGUGUCAUCAGUCACGAGGGUUAUGAAAAGUAUUUUUCUAGGUUAAGUAUUUGUCCAUAUGAUAAAUUGUAUACUGUUACUGGUGAAAAUAUAUCUGUUCUAGGUAAAAUUGUAGUUCCCGUGCGUUUGGUUGGGCGAAACCUUUAA